AUGAAGUCUUUCAUCACUCUAUCCCUCCUAGCCACCGCCCUGGGUGCCCCCACCGCCACCCACCAGGCCCGUCAAUUCGACCUGUCCUCCUUGACCUCCGGCCUCUCAGCCCUGACCUCCGGCUCCGCAGCUAGCUCUGGCUCGACUGGUAGCACCGGAUCGGAAACGACCACCGGAUCCAGUGGCCUCAGCGCUCUGGCUUCGCUGUUCCCGUCGUCAUCUACUUCUAGCACUACGGGCAGUACUAGCGGAAGCGGCAGCAGCAGCAGCAGUGAUGGCCUGAGCAGCUUGAUGAGCAUGUUCUCCAGCAGUGGUAGCGGCUCAUCCACCGAAAACGGCGUGACCCAACACAGCGGCAGCUGCAAGAAAGUGACCUUCAUUUUCGCCCGCGGCACGACCGAGAUCGGCAACAUGGGAACCGUCGUCGGACCCGAGGUGGCUAGCGAGCUGGCUACAUUGACGGGCAACCAGGUGACCGUGCAGGGAGUGAACUAUCCUGCUGAUUGGGAGGGCAACGUAUCCCUCGGCUCCUCCGGCGGCCCGACCAUGGCCUCGUACGUGAAGGAAGCGCUCCAGCAAUGCCCUAACACCAAGGUCGUGCUGGGCGGAUACUCGCAGGGUUCGAUGGUGGUGCACUACGCCGCGAACCAGCUGAGCGCGGACCAGUUGUCGGGUGCUGUGUUGUUCGGUGACCCGUUGAAGAUGGAGGGCGUGGGUAAGUUGUCUAGCAGCAAGGUGAAGGAGUUCUGUGCUAGUGGGGAUCCCGUCUGUGAGAAUGGUAUGAAUGUUAUGGCGCAUUUGACUUAUGGCAGUGAUGCCAAGGAGGCGGCGCAGUUUUUGGUCCAGGCUGCGGGGGUUUCUUCUUCUUAG